ACUCGGCUUUGGGACUCGAGGGGUUUUUCUGGUGGGUGCAUGGGUUUUCCGUGUCUAGCUGGAACUGCUUUUUAACCAGUGUCUCUUCUUUCUCUUCUAUCUACUGCCCCACGAUGGAUUUUGGUGUCUCACCUGUGUGCUUGGGCUGGCUGUCUCAUCUCUGGCAUCAUCAUGACAACAGAAAAGAGCCCAGCAGCCGACGCUGACAGCUCGGAGCAGCAGCAAGCCAAGGAGGAGGAAGGAGCUGCUGAAACACAGAAGCAAGAGGCUUCCCUGGAAGAAGGGGCUCAACCAACACCAGAGGGGGAGCCCCAGAGGCAGAAGGCCUCCAACGGAGACACCCCCACACACGAGGAGCAGAGCAAGAAGGAACGUCGCACCUCUGAGGGCCGGGGUCUCUCCCGCCUCUUCUCCUCCUUCCUCAGGAGGCCCAAGUCUCAGGUAUCCGAAGAGGACAAAGACAGUGAUGCUCCUAAAGAGGCGGGAGGUGACCAGAAAGAUGCAGGAUUAGAAGACAUCCUAGUGAAAGCCCCAAUUGCAGCUCCUGAGCCUGAGCUCAAAACAGACCCAUCACUGGAUCUCCAUUCUUUGAGCAGUGCAGAAACACAGCCUGCUCAGGAGGAGAGGAGGGACGACCAGGAGCCAGAGGGAAGAGACCUCGAGGACAGGGAAGAAGGGGAAGCAAAGGAAGAGGGUGCCAAGCCAGAGUCUCUGGGGACUAAAGCAGACAAGGAUUUGAAAGCUGCCCAAAAAGCAGUGAAAAGACACAGAAACAUGUACUGCAAAGUCGUCUUGCUGGAUGACACCAUUUUUGAGUGUUCUCUGGAUAAACAUGCCAAGGGACAGGAUCUUCUUAAAAAAGUCUGUGACCACCUCAAUCUGCUGGAAGAAGACUACUUUGGUUUGGCCAUAUGGGACACACCAACCUCCAGGACAUGGCUGGAUCCUGCCAAAGAAAUAAAAAAGCAGGUUCAUGGAGGCCCCUGGGAUUUUACCUUCAAUGUCAAGUUUUAUCCACCAGAUCCUGCCCAGCUAACAGAGGACAUCACGAGGUAUUACCUGUGUCUGCAGCUUAGACAGGACAUCCUUACAGGGCGGCUGCCCUGCUCCUUUGCCACCUUGGCUUUGCUGGGCUCCUACACGGUCCAGUCAGAGUUGGGAGACUAUGAUCCUGAUCUCCAUGGCCCGGAUUAUAUCAGUGAGUUCAAACUGGCCCCAAACCAGACAAAAGAGCUUGAAGAAAAGGUUGUGGAGCUUCAUAAAACAUAUAGAUCCAUGACUCCAGCCCAAGCAGACCUGGAAUUUCUUGAGAAUGCAAAAAAACUGUCUAUGUAUGGAGUCGACCUUCACCAAGCCAAGGACUUGGAAGGAGUGGAUAUCACUCUGGGAGUCUGUUCCAGUGGCCUUCUUGUUUACAAAGAUAAGCUGAGAAUCAACCGCUUCCCGUGGCCCAAAGUCCUGAAGAUUUCCUACAAACGCAGCAGCUUCUUCAUAAAGAUUCGGCCAGGGGAGCAAGAACAUUAUGAAAGUACAAUUGGGUUCAAGCUACCAAGUUACCGGGCAGCAAAGAAGCUGUGGAAAGUAUGUGUUGAACAUCACACCUUCUUCAGGCUGACUUCCACCGAGGCCAUCCCCAAGAGCAGGUUCCUGGCGCUGGGCUCCAAGUUCCGCUACAGCGGCCGGACGCAGGCUCAGACACGGCAGGCGAGCGCCCUGAUCGACCGCCCUGCGCCCCAGUUCGAGCGCACGGCCAGCAAGAGAGCGUCCAGGAGCCUCGAUGGAGCUAAACGUGCGACUCAAAGGGUUGAGUUCAGAACCGUAGAGGAAGAGAAGCAGAAGGAGGUGGUGGUGGUUGAGGUUCCUGAACCAAAACCUGCGGAUCAGAUCCGAGAGAAGCCAGCCAAACACACUCUUGAAACUUCUGAAAUGAAACCCAUUGCAGAGGAGGAAGAGGAGGAGAAGGUAGAGGUGGUUAAGGUUCCUGUUGUCAAGCCAAAGUCAGCUGAGCUGGUGCAGCUGCGGUCAGCCAAACGUGAUCUUGGCAGUACUGAGAUAAGCCCAAUUGAAGAGGAGGAGGAGGAGGAGGAAGAGAAAAUGAUGGUGGUGAGAGAACUAGAGCCAUUGCCAAAGGAGUCAGCAGUGGCUGUGAUAACCCCAGAGCGGAGUCCCCGGCCCACCUCAGCUCCAGCCAUCGCUCAGAGCCACCCUGCAGAGCCAGCCCCAGCUAAGCCUGAUGUCAAGGAUGUGGCCACAUCUAAAGUAGGGAAGGAAACAGCAAAAUGUGAUGUGAGACGUGAAGAGUUUCCUCCAGAGAAACCCAAGGAGCCAGUGGAUGCCUCAAGGGUGAGGAAAACACACAUUGAGGUCACAGUCCCCACCAUGAAUGGUGCUCAGCCCCAGCAGCAGCAGCCUGCAGAAAAAGAGGAAGAGCUGAUAAGAAUGAGGAAGAAGAGAUCAAAGAGGCUAGAUGGUGAAAACAUUUAUAUCAGGCAUAGCAAUUUAAUGUUGGAGGAUCUAGAUAAGACCCAGGAAGAAAUAAAGAAGCACCAUGCCAACAUCAGUGAGUUGAAGAAGAACUUCAUGGAGUCCAUCCCAGAUCCUCGGCCGAGUGAGUGGGACAAACGUUUGUCCACCCACUCCCCUUUCCGAAGCCUCAACGUCAACGGGCAGAUUCCCACGGGAGCGGAUGGAGUGAGUACCUCGGUCAAGAAAGUCACUGUCCCAUCUUCUGAGAGACAGAACAUGAGUGACUUUGUCUCCCAAGAGGAUGUGGCUGCAGUGGCAGAGUGGAGCAGUUUUAACACUGGCUUUGCGUGGGAGGGCUCAAAGCAGUCGGUAGUUUUUAGUGAGACUCCAGUGCCAAAGCCUUCUCCCAGCUGGCACUUUGGUACUUCCUCCCUAAGCAGCGAGGAGGAGGAGGAGGAGCAGGAGGAGGCAGUUCCCAGCCACUCCACCAGCGAGGAGGACCUGACAUAUGGACAGGGGGUUUGUGUGGAUGUGGAGAAGGACUCGGAGCUCUCUGAGCCAGAGCCCCCCCCCAGCCCUGCCGCACUUCCCCAGCAGCCCUGGGGAGGAGAGGAGGAGGAGGAGGUGGCAGAGGAUGGUGAAGACAGUUUUGCCAUUAGAAAGCCACGUGGCGAGUGUCCCAAGCCAGAUGCUCCUAACGGGCUGCCGGAGCUCAUUCGCUGCUUCCAGCCCCCGCUAGUGAAGACACAGACUGUCACCAUCUCUGAUGUGUCCAGCGCUGUCAAAAGCGAAAUUCCCACAAAAGAAGUCCCUAUUGUCCACACAGAGACAAAGACCAUCACCUACGAGGCUGCACAGACAGAUGGUGGCAAUGGGGAUUUGGACCCUGGCAUCCUGCUGACUGCCCAGACCAUCACUUCAGAAACCACCAGCAGCACCACCACCACCCAGAUCACCAAGACUGUGAAAGGUGGCAUUUCAGAGACACGGAUUGAGAAGAGGAUUGUCAUCACAGGAGAUGCAGAUGUAGAUCAUGACCAGGUCCUGGCGCAGGCGAUCAAGGCUGCCAAGGAGCAGCACCCAGACAUGUCGGUGACCAAAGUGGUUGUGCACCAGGAGACAGAGAUUGCAGAGGAGUAGCCGGGCUGUGAAACAUUCCUGCCUACACCACCACCAGGAAAAAGAAACCCAGCAAAACUACCAAGAAACUACCUGGAGCACAAAGACCUCGGAUUUCAGACUUGACACUCAGAGACAUUCAUAUCAUAUAUUAAGAGUUGCGCUUUUGACGUUUUACUUGGGAUUUUUCCAGACUCCACUGGAUCCUAUUGGAUAUAGGGUUUUGUUUUAUUGUUUUGUUUUUUUUUAAAUAUCUAUUGUGACAGAAAUAUGCCAUAUUUCUAACUGUACUGAACAUUUUUUACAGGUUUUCAAUUUUGCAUUCCCUCUCACACAAAGCCUCUUCAGACACAGAAUCCCACCUCGCAGGGCUCCAGGGCUCCCUGUUUUAACUUGUAUUCCCUCUGCCUCGUCAGGGAUAACAGAGCUGUAUCCGUGCACAUUCCCAGUGCAGGAUCCGUAUGCGCCUUCACAAAGCCAUGUGUCCUUCUUCCAGGAGAGUCAGUUUAAAGAGUCAGACUUUGUGCAGCAUUUCCGAUUGCCUCUGGAUUAUUUUUGUAGCUCUGGGGAGCUCCAGCCCCACUGCAACCCCUGGGCUGCUCUGAGCUCCCUCCCACUGGUUUCCAGCCCUGAUGUGUGAUCACAGUAGGGUUUUGUGGUGUAGCCUAUGCAAACAUGGGAAUAGUUGACUAGAUUUAAGGAAUACUGGAAGUUGCUUCAAGUAUCUUAUACUGUGAAUUUUAGAGCUUUAAGAGGACUGUGAUAGCAUCUCGCCUUCUUCCCGUGUGUCUCUGCUGAGUGCUCCCCACCCGUUUGUGUUUUCUAGAUACCAUUAAAUUAAAACACCCUUAGAAGUGUGUGUUUAAGGUGUUUGGACUCUGGAUGCUAUUAAGGUAGCCUUGUGCAGCAUUCACAGGAACUGAGCUUGUCAUUGUCGUAGUUUUUCACUUGUUUGUGUUCAUGAUUUUUAAAUUAGGGAGGGUUUUUUUUGGUAAGUCAUGGGUUGGUUUUUUUUCCUCCCCUCACAGUGCUAUUUAAAGCUGAACACGUUACCCAUUUCCCAGAGCGUGUAUCCUACUAUCAUUUAAUUUAAACUCCUUUAGACAAUCCUUCCUAGGCCUGCAAGCUGUAUUUGGAGAGACUGAACAAGGAAUUUCAGGAGGUAUCAGGUGUUGCUGGUUGUGAUAGAGCCAAACCACGUGGGAAGUGUUGGCAUUCUGUCUUCCACGCUGGCCUGAGGGUCUGGGUUUGGCUUCAUGACCCCCUUGCUGGAAUGAAAUAUCAGGGUGAUUGUCUGAAUCUUGAGGCUGAUCUUACAGACCCCCAGCACAGAGGGGGUGAUGUAAAAACAUGAUUUCAGGGGCUGAGUGUGCUCCCACUGCUGCUCUCUCAGCUUCAUGGGAAUGUUCUUCCCUGCUUUGUCCUUCCACUAUUUAAAUUCAAGAUUCAAGAAGCAAAAAACCAACCAAGCUCUGUAAAGAGUCUGCCCAGACACUUGUGAACACUUUAGUCCACUAGAGGUUGUGAUUUGAUUUUUUUCUAUAUAUAUAACUACACACACACACAUAUAUAUAUAUAUAUGUAUAUAGUGUGGUACAGUGGUAGCUGAGGGCAGGGAGUGCUCUGCUCCUCAGGAUGGGAAGAAAAUGGCAAUAAAGAGAAAAGCUCUCCAGUUUUAAAUUUGAAUAAUGUAUUUCAGAAGCCGUGGAUUUAGCUCAGGCUGCAAGGACUCCACUGUUUAACUGCAAACAGCUCUGGAGCUACACUGGGGCUGGUGCAGCUUCUCAGCUUCAGGUGCAAUUUUUAAUUAAGCUGUCAGUAUUGAUUGGAGACUGCUGGAGCUGCUGGGUUUUGGCUCUCUUUGAGCCUUGCUGGCCCUGGGCCCCCUCCCAGGAUGCUCUGCCUUCCUCAGGGCAUCGUGCUCUGGGAGUUUAGGGAGUCCUGGGCUGUAGUGCAGAGAUUAAGUCUUCCUAUCCAUAUCUGAAAAGCCCUUUCCUUCCUUACUCUGCCACACGGGCCCUGGAAGGGGUCUGUGUUUCUGCUGUCCUCAACUUAGUCAGGUAUUGCUUGCCUUAAACACUCAUCAUGCUGGGCACCCUCUGGCACUGCCCUUUUUCUGGGAAUUGAAUUCUUCGCCACUCAGUCCUUCCUUCUCACAUGCAGCAGCCACCUGAGGAGUGAAGGGGCACGUGGAGCAGUGGCUGAGAGGAUUUCUGGGCUUCACCAGGCAGAGCCAACAUGAUAAAUUAAGUUUGUCUAUAGCACUUAAAGGCACUUGGCUGUCAGAGAAUUCAGGGGAAUGUGGUCCCUGGGUGUUCCCUUGGGCACGAUGAGUGGGACAGAAUCCCCCAAGCAGGGGAUUUCUGGGGUGAGAAAUCUGCUGGCAGGAGAGGUGUUUCCUUUCCCAAAGGAUGUGCUCACUGUGGCUGCAGAUGUCCCUUGUUAAAGGGCCCAUAGACUAGAAUAACCCUAUUUUUAUUUUUUCCCUGGAUUUUGGGUGGCUGAUUGUGGCAGGCUCUCCAUCUUCACACUUCCCCCUGCUGAGUUCUUGCUUCUCCUGGAGAGAUUUAAAGAAGUCAUGGCCUCUUGUGCCAUUUGCCAUCACCUGCUGUCUGACCUCAGGGGUUUCCAGCCCCGCUCCUGCCAACGCGGUGCCCGAGCCCAGGAGCUGGACAGGAGCCUGGGAAGAAGAUACAAGUAAAAAAAGCAGAAGAAGCUUCUCUCACCCUCAGCCAAGGCCGUGGUGGGGCUGCCCACUCCCACCUCUGCUGGGAUUUAACAUCCUUGGCUCUGAGUGUGCUGUGUCAGCUCUAGGGACAAACCAGCUAAGUAAGGUCUAUUUAUAUGAAUGUUCCCAGCUCUUCCCACUCCACAAAUUCACCCAGAGACUGUCUUGAUUGUAUAAUAUACAUUAUAUGGAAGCUAUUUAUAUAUGAAUGAAUGUUUUUAUAGAAAGGAAGGCAAGGAGCUCCUGUUCUCCUCCAUUAAACUGGAACAGCAGCUCCAGUUGCCCAAUAGCAAUCCCUGACCAACAGAGAUGUGUUAGCAAAGGACUGACUGAUUUCUGGUUUUAAUAAACUGUGGUUUGCUGAUUUUCCUAAUUGUACAAUUACCUUAAGAAGUAGUAGUGUCCCAACCUUAGAGAUGAAACUUGUAAAAAACUACAAAAAAAAAAAAAUUAGUUGAGAAGAUGAAGGAGCUUUGUAAAUUUUUUUUAAGGCAAUUGUGAAUUGUCUAGGUUAGGCAUUUACACUCUUUAUAAAAAUAGGAACUUUUAAAGUUGGCAAAACUUUCUAGAUCAACUAGUGAUGGGAGCUGUUAUUUUGGAUUUUCAUAGCAAAUCAAAGGGAAAGUUGCCAUAGCAUUUAGGCAGACCUAAGUGUUCAGUAUUGCUUCUUGUAUUGCAUUUUUCAAUAAAUUUUCAAACAAAA